AGCGAAUCUUCAAUAAGAUCCCAAAAAUUCAAAGUUGACGAAUUGAAGACUAUUUAAUCGUAUUCCAAACAUAAAUUAAAGAAUCGCUAUAAAUUUUAGAUUCGCUAUCAUUUGGUCAUUCAUCUUUAUUGCUUAGCUAUGGCUUAGCUUAUGAUUCUAAACCGCGUAUCGAAUUUCUCGCAGCCAUUUUGUAUUUACAUAAUUUGUUAACAUUUACAUGUCCUAGCUGCAGCAGACAGUCAACGUUGUUGAUUUAAAAAAGAUGGCGAAAUUUUUUGGAGUUGAUAAAGUCGUGAGAUUUUUCCAGAUUGUAAGAGAUAAUGGUGGCAUACGAGGAUCAUUACGAGCUCUGUACAGACGGGAUGAAUUGAAAUCAGGAACUUUGAUUGGCGAGGACAAAUACGGGAAUCGCUACUUCGAAAAUAACAUGCACUUUUAUGGACGCAAUCGUUGGGUUGAAUAUGCCGAUCAUGUUGGUCUAGACUACAACGCAUCUCAAGUGCCUCCCGAAUGGUUCGGCUGGUUGCAUUACAAGACUGAUCUACCUCCAUACAAGGAUCCAUCUCGUCCCAACUACAAGUGGAUGCUUGAUCAUACAGAAAAUAUGACGGGAACGAGAGAUGCUUACAUGCCUUAUAGUACGACUCGUCCUAAAAUUGAAGCGUGGAAACCCAAGUAAGAUUAUUGCCAAAUCUAGAGUAUGAUGAAAGUAGAAAAUAAAUUUACAAGCAUUACAAACGUGAAAAACGUAGUCGUAGAGACAAGCAAAAGAAAUGAAACCCUUAGCUAAAUUAUUUCGUAUAUGUAACAUAUAUUAUAGUACGCUGUGUGUACAAUUAUUGCAAAUAAAUCGCAUCUCUGUUAACUUCAA